AUGCGCCUGCAAAACCCUGUUGCUAUGGAUACUCAGUUUGUUCAUACGCUGAGGAUUUCAGCAAUGGGCUCAAAAAGUCUAAUAGAAAUCGUUGGUGUAAUUAAAGACCCAAAUUUCCAUGUUGCCAAAAGUAUAGCGGAGGGACUCAGACAACGGUUUCCUGAAGAAUUUCUGGAUCCAAAGAUUGUGCCACUUCUUGAAUUUGACUGGCACAUAUAUAUAUGCAACAAGAAACAGGAGCUGCGUGGUGAAAUGUGGCAGUACUCCAGCAACCUGGUAUGCUAUCUUAACGGCGUUCUCGUCGGUAAUGAAAAGCAACUCGCCAGCUGGGCUGAGAAUCAGUGGAAUUUCUCUUUCACUCAUCCAGAGGCUUUCUAUAUGGCUGCCACUGAGGAGUACUCCACCAAACACCUCCAGAAAACUGGACAUAAGUUUGUCUUCACGGACAUCCAGGUAGCAGGAGAACCAGCUGGGAGGUUAUGUUUUGAGCUGUUCUCAGAUGUGUGUCCAAAGACAUCAAAGAACUUUGAGGCUCUGUGCACAGGGGAGCGAGGACUGUCGCAGAGUGGCCUCCCACUCCACUACAAGGGCUCUCUUUUUCAUCGUAUUGUACCCAAUGGCUGGGUGCAAGGUGGAGAUAUUUCUCCUGGGAGUAAAGGUAAUGGGGGUGAGUCAAUCUAUGGACCAACUUUUGAAGAUGAAUGUUUUGCUGUUUCCCACUCGAGGCGGGGAACUUUGGGAAUGGCCAACAACGGUCCCCACAGCAAUGGAUCCCAGUUCUACAUCACCUUGCAGCCGGCGCCCUGGAUGGACAAAACCUAUGUUGCCUUUGGUCAAGUGGUUGAAGGUGUAGACGUCCUGAAGAAAUUAGAAGAGGCCCCAACUUGCAAUGAAAGACCCAAAUAUGAAUGCAAAGUGACAUCUUGUGGAGUGUUACCACUGUAGCUUCUGUAUAUUAGUGACUUGCACCUAGUGUUUUUCUGUGUUUUGAUGCAUGGACAAGCUCACUUCCAUAUUCAUACAUACUUUCCUGUUCAGAAAAAAACUUGAUUGGAAUUUUUUUAAUGAAUUGGAACUUGUCUUAUUAAAUGCCUUGUUAUACAA